AUGCGGUUCCUCUGGCCAACGAGCCUGGUACGGGCCAACUCAAUUUCUGCAAGAUGUUUCGCGACAGCGGCAGAUACAUCUCGGAUACCCCAGACAAUCAUUGAAAAGGUCGUGCAGAACUAUGCUGUUGACCUUCCACCAGGGAAGGUCGUGAAAGCAGGCGACUACGUGAUGAUCCGCCCGGAACAUGUCAUGACACACGAUAACACUGGGCCUGUUAUUUCGAAGUUCAACUCCAUUGGCGCAACACGUAUCAAGAAUCCUUCGCAACUAGUUUUCACGCUCGAUCAUGAUGUACAAAACAAAUCUAGCAAGAACCUGUCCAAGUACGCUUCAAUAGAGGCUUUCGCGCGCAAGCAUGGGGUGGACUUCUACCCCGCUGGCCGGGGAAUUGGCCAUCAGAUUCUUGUCGAAGAGGGAUACGUCUUUCCGUAUACCUUGACGGUCGCGAGUGACAGCCAUAGCAACAUGUACGGAGGUGUAGGCUGCGUCGGAACACCUAUCGUGCGCACGGACGCCGCUGCCCUUUGGGCGACCGGAAAGACAUGGUGGCAGGUACCCCGCAUGGUGAAAGUCGAUUUCAAGGGAAAGUUGGCUCCCGGUGUUACUGGCAAAGACGUGAUCGUCGCGCUGUGCGGCUCUUUCAACCAAGACGAAGUGCUCAACGCCGCUAUCGAAUUCUCCGGGGAGGGAGUUUCUGCCCUGUCUGUCGACGAUCGUCUCACGAUCUCAAACAUGACCACGGAAUGGGGCGCGCUCGCUGGCGUGUUCCCCGUCGACGCCAUCCUUCUAGAAUGGUAUGAACGUGCGCUGAAGAAAUUCGAGCUCCGCACAUUCUCAUUGCCUUCGCUGUCCUCAUCCAUCCCCCCACCACCGGAGCACCCGCGCAUUAACCGUCGGCGGCUCGAUUCCCUGCGUGCGGCUACCCUUCACUCCGAUCCCGAUGCAUUGUACUCGUCAAGUUUGGUCUUCGAUCUCUCGACACUCGUCCCGCACGUCUCCGGCCCCAAUAGCGUCAAGGUCUCAACGCCGCUGCCCACCCUGCAGGCUGCACGUAUCCCAAUCCAGAAGGCUUAUCUCCUGAGCUGCACGAACGCACGUCUCUCCGACAUUUCCGCCGCCGCCACCGUGAUGAAGGGACACAAAGUCGCUCCCGGCGUGCAGUUCUACAUUGCUGCUGCAAGCUCAGAGGUGCAGCAGGACGCGGAACGCUUGGGCGACUGGCAGGCACUCAUUUCAGCAGGCGCUAAGCCUCUCCCCGCUGGUUGCGGACCGUGCAUCGGCCUCGGUACUGGUUUACUUGAGGAGGGCGAGACGGGAAUCAGUGCGACGAACAGGAACUACAAGGGCCGCAUGGGGCACCCAAAAGCCCAAGCAUACCUGGCAAGUCCCGCCGUCGUCACUGCCAGCGCAAUAAAAGGAUAUAUCUGCGGACCUGACUCAUUGGAUCCUGCGCUGCUGCCACCUGCUGGAGCCCCCACAUUCUCCAUUGCAACUACCACCACGUCAUCGACCCCCGCCAGCUCUAUAGCCGCGCAGGAGCCUGUCCUCCCCGGUUUCCCGACCGUGUUCUCCGGCCCCCUCCUCUUCGCUCCGCAGGAUAACCUGAAUACCGACGCGCUCUACCCCGGGAAGUACACAUACCAGGACGACAUCACGCUCGAGCGCCAGGCGGAAGUGGUUAUGGAGAACUACGACCCCUCCUUCGCGGCGCUCGUCGCCUCCAUUCGCAAGCAGCAGGCACAGUCCGACGAAGAGGCAGACGUGAAGCAAGGCGUGAUCCUCGUGUCUGGCUACAACUUCGGCACUGGCUCAUCGCGCGAGCAGGCUGCUACGGCGCUCAAGUCCGCGGGCGUGCCGCUCGUCAUCGCGGGCUCGUUUGGCGACAUCUUCAAGCGGAACGCGAUCAACAACGGGCUCGUGUGCGUCGAGUGCCCUGAGCUUGUCGCGGACCUCACGCGCUCGUUCACUCAGGACGGGAAGCGCGGUGCGGGUGGAAAUAAGGGCGAGUUGACAGUGAACGAGGGGCUCAAGGUGGACGUGAAGGUCGUAGACGGCCAGGUGGAAGUGGUUUGGUCCAACGGCGAAAAACACGCGUACACCGUGGGUGGUGUCGGCGCGAGCGUGCAGGAACUCUGGGUGUGCGGAGGCUUGGAAGGGUUUGUGCUCAAGUCGAUCCAGGCGGAGGCAUAA